GUUGGAGGUUCCAUCAAGAAAGUUACACAAGGUUCGAAAUAGAGAACGUGGGGAGAGGAGGCUGCCACCGGUGUUUUAUCCAGCCCCGCAUAAACCGCGCUCCGCACCCCCCAGCCCCGCAUACACCGCUCUCCCCGGAUAGACCCGAUCCCCUGGCAGUUUCUCGUGAUUUGGAUAAUAUCUAAUUAUCCUCUAUUCAGUGAUCGCAUCCUGUCUGGGUCGGACUGUCACCGCAGGAUCCCAUGGAGCUCCUGGACCCCGGGCUGCUGCUAACAGGACUUUCUUUCACUUGUUUUCGGCUUUUAAACCGGGAGCUCCCACGACUCAUCCCCGCCCCGAGCUCCGCGCUCCGGAACCCCUGGAAAUGGAGAAACAUCUGGACAUCGUUCGUGCACAGCUUGCUGACAGGGAGCUGGGCACUGCUCGGGUGAUUAUUUAUUGGUUUAUUAUGGGGUGUUCAGCUGGCUGAUGGGGAGUAUGGGCUGAGCUGCUGCUUUAUGGAGGGUAGAGAAUGGGCACCGGAUUGCCGGUGUUCUAUCAAAUCUCCCUACCCCGUGAAAUGUCCCUUUUUGAUGGAACACCGGCCGGCGCUGUACUGAGCUGCCUGGUGGGAUGCUGGGGAUAGGAGUAGCUCAGGAUUGCUUUAUAUGUUAGGCUUUUAGUGGAUUGGGUUAGGGUUCUUUAUAUUUUUGUAUUAGACAUGCCUGUCAUUGAAAUGGGGAGUGGUUCAGGGAAGGGGUAUUUUAUGGUAAUGGUUGGGGUGUGUGUGUGUGUGUGUGUGUGUAUAUAAUAUAUAAUAUAUAUAUAUAUAUAUAUAUAUAUAUAUAUAUAUAUACACAAUGUAGAUUGCCUGGUAAAGGACCAUUGUGUGUUUAUUCGUAGAGACUGCUUGUUGCCUAGAAUCCACACUGACGUGGUGUAUACUAUACUCCCCAUCCUCGCCCUGCGUGUUCCUGUCACAUUGAGCUGUAUACUUGUCAUACUUUUUUUAAAUGUCAUCCUUCCAUUUUCAUUUAGAUUUUACCUGCACCCAGAGAUGGCUGAGGACCUGAUUUCCACUCACUCACCGUUUUCACAUUGUCUCAUCGCUGUCUCUAUAGGUGAGUUUGUGCCAGGGAAGCAUCCAGGGACUGUAUAACCUUAAAUAACAUUAUUUAUCCCUCUGAGACAGGACUGCAAAACUUACUGAAUUAAAACUGUAAUUUGGAUACCAGGGUCCAUAAGAAAUUACAUUGCCAUGCUUUGAUGUACAUCUCACCUUCAAAUAACACACCAUUACAGUAAUGUAAGCUGGCUGUGGACAUUAUGACUGAAUAAAACUCCAGGUUCCACAGUGCUGUGCAAUGUAAAUGUUGUUUUUCAGAUUGCAUUAUUAAAGGACCACUCUAGGCACCCAGACCACUUCAGCUUAAUGAAGUGGUCUGGGUGCCUGGUCCAGCUAGGGUUAACCCAUUUUUUCAUAAACAUAGCAGUUUCAGAGAAACUGCUAUGUUUAUGAAUGGGUUAAGCCUUCCCCUAAUCCUCUAGUGGCUGUCUCAUUGACAGCCACUAGAGGCGCUUGCGUGCUUCUCACUGUGAUUUUCACAGUGAGAGCACGCAAGCGUCCAUAGGAAAGCAUUGUAAAUGCUUUCCUAUGCGACGGGCUGAAUGCGCGCGCAGCUCUUGCCGCGCGUGCGCAUUCAGCCCAGGAGGAGGAUCGGAGGAGGAGAGAAGGAGGAGAGCUCUCCGCCCAGCGCUGGAAAAAGGUAAGUUUUUACCCCUUUCCCCCUUCCAGAGCCGGGCGGGAGGGGGACCCUGAGGGUGGGGGCACCCUCAGGGCACUAUAGUGCCAGGAAAACGAGUAUGUUUUCCUGGCACUAUAGUGGUCCUUUAAGCUAUUAAAAACUAUAGAUUUUCUUAUUAAAUACUCUCCGCUAUUAAAUUCUGAAGUUCAUUCACUAAACAAUGUGAAAACCAGAUUGCAAAAUGUUGGUUAAAAUAACUUAUUUGGAAAAAAAAUAAUCACCGCUUUUUAUGUCAGUGAUUGUGGUAUUUGUUACCUGUAUUUUAAAAUUUAGUUUUUUGAUUCACUGUUUAGUGAAUUAUGAUCUUUGUCUGUAGGAGCAGAUGCUUUUAUGUUGUCCUAGUAUUUGCACCUGCAAUAAUAAUAUUUUCCAUUGGACUUUCUUUUUUACGCCUUUUUAAAAAAAAAAAACUUCUUCCUCUCCCCCUCUUUCUUCUUCAUUCACCUCCUUGCUUUAUUGUAUCCCACAAUACUCCGCCUGUUAGGCAGCCUCGUGACAUCCCCCCUUCCCACCCCAGCUCCACACUGUAUCACAGGACUUCUGUUUGGAAAACCAGCUGCUCUGACCUUCUUCUAUAAUAUAAUGUCUGCAUCUAAUAACCGUUCUGUUCAACAUGUACUUAAUUCAGUAUUUCUUUUCUUUUAUUUUUUUUGCCGAGUUACAUGGAAUGUUAUAAACUCCCAAGUAUGAGUGCAGGUGUGGGGGGAGAAAUCUAGUUUUCUUGUAUACAAAGACAAAGUAUUUGAUUUAGAUCUGUACUUGGGGUAAAAGUGCUAUUAUAAAAGAUCACUUGGUGCCUGCCUCUGCCUUUCACGUUACAGGAUUGAUAUACCCAUCACUGUGUUAAAGAUAAACCUCAGUACAGUGGCAGGGGGUCUUAGGAGUUUACAGACAGUGCCCCUUAUUCUUCCUCCCCUUUUUGAAACCAGAUAUUUCUAAGGAUUUGAGUGACACAUGGUUGCUUUUGUUAACAACAUUUUUUUUUUUUUUUCAACCAGCGUACCUGGAGCCUCUUCAAUAUGCCAUGAACACGUUAAUUCCAUGGCUGUAAUAUAUUGAAUCUAGUCAUUUAACCCCUUAAGGACCAAACUUUUGGAAUAAAAGGGAAUCAUGACCUGUCACACGUCAUGUGUCCUUAAGGGGUUAAAGGAACACUACAAGCACCAUAACAACUACAGCCUCCUGUAAUGCUACAGGAACAGUAGCGUCUGGGGGCUCUCUUACUUUACCGUUUUAUAGUAGUUUAACACGAACGUUUCACAUCAGGCACGCAUCAGCGAUGCCUUAGUUCUCCAGCCGCUGCAGUGAUUAGUAAGAAUUCACUGUGAGAGCGGGUGAUAGCCUAUAACAACUUUGUUGUAAUGAACUAGUUAUGGUGGUUGUUGUCACCCCUGAAUGUUUCUUUAAGCAAGCUGAUGUGGGUUGGAGUGUUCCUUUAAAAUUUAAAAAAGAAAGGAUGAGAACUCUGAGAACAGACAAAAGCCUAGAGAGGCUCGAUAGCCUGCCCUUCUGUACAUCCCCGCUCAGGUCUCAAAAUAAUUUUUGCUCACUUGUGACGAUUUAAAGAGAAGAUAUCUGAAACAUAUCAGACUGGUCCCACCCAUACAGGCAGUCCAGAUCAGAAAUGCCAGCAAGUUCCCUCUGCAUGAGAUAUACAGUAACCACAGACAAUCUUUUUGGCCUCGUCAGUGAGGUGAAGCUGAUAUCCCUCUAGGCACUGUGCCUAGAGGGGUAUCGGUUAUACCUCACUGACGAGCCCCUAAAGAAGGCCGAAACGAUCGUUUGGGGUUGCUGUAUCUCUCGUGCAGAGGGAACUUGCUGGGAUUUCGGAUCCUGACUGCCGUAUGGGUAGGACCAGUCUGCCCGAUCCUGACUGCCCGUAUGGGUAGGACCAGUCUGAUAGGUUCUCUCUGUAAUGACACAAGUGAUCAAAAAUUAUUUUGAGAUCUGAGCGGAGAUUUACCGAAGAGCAGGUUAUCGAGUCUCUCUAAGCUUUUGUCCGUUCUCAGAGUUCUCAUCCUUUUCUUUUUGAUUUAAUCCUUUAAAAUGUGUCCACCAGAUGGGAAUCCCAAUCUUUACACUAUUACUUAUACUAUUCAUUUUUUAUUUUUUUUGAAGUGUAUAUUUAUCUCUAAUGAGGUUUGAGUAAUUGUGUCAUUUUAGAAGCUGCUGAUGAAGUUAAAAUUUAAGUGGGCCUUGGGAAUGUUUAUUUUUAUUUUUUUCAGUCUGCCUUGGUCUAUUAAAAAAAAAAAAUAUUUUUUUUUUUUUUAAAGUCCGGACCCACUGAAAUAUGCUAAUUUGCUGUGGAACUGUGAUCAUUGGUAAUAUAUGCUGUUCAAUGUUCUAUCUACUCCCAGUAUUCCUGUUGUAUAUUUAAUGUUUACAUUUUGUUGAAUACCUAUUUUUCACUCACUUUUUCUAGGAUAUUUUAUCCAUGAUUUUGUGGACAUGCUGCAAAAUCAGAAGCUUCAUCAGUCCUGGGAGCUGCUUUUCCAUCACACUGUGGUAUGGACUCCUCCAUUAUUUUACCAUGUGACCUUCUGUUAAAAUGCAGAAGAAUAUGAUCUUUUUUCCGUUUACGGUUAAGGUGCUCCCUAGAGUAGGAUCUGACUGCUCCACGAAAUGCAGAGUAGCAAUUAGUCCAUUCAUGCAAUAUUAAAACGCACAAUAUGUACAGGGAUAUUUUUCUUCCUUUUAUUUUUUUUUUUAUGGUUUCUAAACAUGCCUGUAAACUUAAGUCAAGUGAAAAGAAGGGAAUUCACAUGUGAUGUAAUCUGGACUUUUUGCUGUGAGGGACAACUUAAUAUGAGUUUAAAUAUUUACCGUUGCACUCUGGGUGAAGAUAUAAUAUUUGGCGGUUUAUGUAAAAUAUGCAAACACUCCUGAAAGUGAUAGAUCUGCCCUAAUGCCCUGAAUAAAAGUGAACACUAUAAUAUUUACAAUUUUACGUUGUAGUUUUAACACUUUGCCCCUCUUUGCUAUUGGCAAAAUUUUGACCCCACCCCCACCCUGUAAGGUUUUCAAUGGUUAAUUUCAAGCUGUGAUUUAUUAUUAAAAGUAAUAUUCUCUGAAUGUCCCCGGGAUGCCAGUUAAAUGGAAUGCCUCCAUUGGAGAGCAGUAGUGAUUGAUAUGGCGCAAACAAGCUGAGCAUUCCAGAUCUAAUAAAUGGGAGAUGUACUGGACUGCGUUGGAAUGUAUUGUGCUUGGCUUGUGUACGCAUAUGUGCUUUUCUUUAAAUCGUGACUCUUCCAGGGUGUACUGCCUGUGUGAAUACCUUAGUAUUUGUUCCAGUUCUGGUACUCGCAAGUUAGUAACACUAUUGUUGUUGUUUUUACUGGGGUGAAGACUAGAGCAGAGAAGUUAAAAUGUACUUACCUUUGGCCUUUCCAUGAUCUGCGUUCCUUUACUACAGGAUUAUACCUUAGGCACAAUUAUACGCAGGGAUAUGAAUAGUGAUUGGUGAUUUGUGACACUCGUUCUCUGUACGGUCCAGUAUGACUUCUAAUGGAACCUUGAGUUAAGGGCAUGCUACCUUUUUAACCUGUAGAAGCAGGUUUGGGAUAUUGCACACUCGUGGUAACUAUAAAUCUACACACACUCUUUAAUUUGCAACCUGGGCAUAUAUGAACAAGUGUGCACACAUACUGACAAAUGCUAAUUGCUCAAAUCAGGCCACAAGAGGAUCACACUUGCUGAGUUUGCACCUAUUUGUGUUUACCUCCAGCUCCAGAUGAGAAGGUCACUGAUCUCUUGUAUAACAAACCUCUAAGUUUAUUGCUGGAGGCGUGAUUGCUUGUGUAACCAGGUUACAUUCUUGAUUUUCAGCAGUGCUCAAUGAUAGGCUUUAGGGAUUUUCACUAUCACCCAGAUAUUAGUAUUAUAUCACAUCUUAGUGCUUUCAUAUAGUACAGUGGACAUACAUAAUGCAUUGUUGGUGUCAUCACAAGUUUAGAUAGAUAUAUAAAAUUAGCCGUAUUAGUCCAGUAGACAAGAUGCCAAAAUACCAGAGUAUUGCAGAAUGCAGUGACCGUUUAUUGGACUAACAAAAUACUUUAAAGAGUUUUCCCCUCUCCCUCAGGUCUGAAGCAAUACUGUUAGUGCUAAAAAAAAAAAUGUAUCAUUGCAUACUGCAAUACUCUGGUAUUUUGGCAUCUUGACUACUGGACUAAUACAGCUAAUCCAAUCGACAUAUAUAUUUAAUUCCAAACCAAAUAAAAUGAAAACAUUGUUCUCUUUCCAACACCAGCUUUGAAGAUCAGUUGUGGUUUAUCUCGGUUUAACACACCAAGGAAAACUCCUCUGGGAGUGGCUGCUAGAGGUUGUUUUUUUUGUUUGUUUGUUUGUUUGUUUUUUCCAAUUGUUUUCAAUCCCCGUUGUUCUCAGAUGUGCUUAAAUACAACUCCUAUAUACUUUGAAUUAAAUAGAUAUCCAGAGCAUCAUGGGAGUUGUAGUUCAGCAACGUCUGGAUGGCCCGACUUUGGGCAACCUUGUUGCCGGGCAUAGACAAUUUAUAGGCAGUUAUCUGCUCCCUUGUACACGCAGAAUGCUUCACCUAGCUGCGCUAUAUGAAACCUACAGAACUGCGAGUUGCUGUUUUCAUGCCUGGUUUUAUGUGAACGUUUUACUUGUUGGCUUGCUGUUCAUUAUAUUGUGGUAGCACUAUUAAUUUUUUUAUUUUUAUUUUUUUGAUCACCUACACAAUCUUCAAGUGAUUUAUACUGAAAUAGUUUUACACGAAUGCACACAUAUAAGACACAGUACAAAGAAGUAGGGGAGCAGUGAGAGGAGUUGGAUAUGCAAAACUACAGGGCUACUAAACUGAAAAAUACAGGUUAUAAAUACUUUUGUCAUGCACAAAAAUCUCUCAAAACAAAAUCAAAGUAAAAGAUUAAAAUACAAUAUGUACUAUUUACACUGGUGAAAUAUAGGUGAUGUAUUCUGAUUUAUGCCGUUCUACCAGUGUCAAGACUGUGUCUUUAAAACAAAACAAAAAUUUGCGCUUCAAAUGAACAAAUCAAUGUGUCUCCAUAUUGCCCCCUGCUGUACUUUUUAUUUUAUUUUAUUUAUUUAUUUUCUUUGACACUAAAACCUGUUUUAGUCUUUGCUCAGAUAGCAUUUUACCCAACAAUUGAAUUCUCUCUUGUUCUCCUGAAUACCGUGGCUAGGGCUAUGUAAUAACUUUGGGGAAACAAAAUAGAACAUUUUUUGGUCACCAACUUAUUAGACUGUAGCUACACUUCUUAUGGAGAGCUGUUCUGAAACUCUUCCACCACUGAUUUGUCAUUUGGUGACGCAUUCAAGCAGGAAGAUUGUUUUACUGUGUAACGUAAAAUUAUUGUCAGCAAGUUGUGCAAGCAUGACGUCUAUUGCAGAGCCUGUCAGGGGGAGUUCCUGUUACCUAUAAACACAAGCUAUUUUUAGUGCUGGUUUACAUUGAAAUAUUUGCGUGCUAUAUGGGUGUGCAGCAUAUUGUAAAGCCAAGGCAUCUUGUGUAUAUCAACAACGCCCCACUGCAUACCUCAACUUAAACAACUGUCCUACAUUACACAGAAAUGCAGGAAUCUGUUUUGGAAGGAGGGUGUAUCUAAAAAGGGGUGCUAAGGAGGAGUGCGUUGGUUUUUCAUUGUUUAACCAGGCAUCCCUUGGGAAGUGUGUGUGUGUGUGUGUGUGUGUGUGUGUGUAAGGAAUUGAGCUGUGAAAAGCUUCUCAGGAUGUGUGUUUAAUUCUUUUAACUCUCUGAUCACUUAUGAAAGGCCCAGCCCUGUUGUGUAAGUAUCCCUUAUCAUGUGCAGAAUUCCUGGAGUACUAACCUUCAGGGAUAUGCACCACCCUUUCCUGUUAUCUCCUGAGAGUGAGCAAUUGUUAGCAAAGUUGCUAUUUUAUGAACAUGUGGCAUUCUAGUUUUCAGGGAAAUGUUCAAAAUGUAAUUUUAUUAUUGUCUUUAAUGUUUUCUAUUGAGAUUUUUUUUUUUAUUAGAUACAUGAUUGCAGAGUUUUAAAAUGAUGAAGUUUAUAAUAUAUGUGUGUGUGUGUGUGUGUGUGUGUGUGUGUGUUUUUGUAAAACUCCAUUUUUUUUAUUUUUUUUAUUUUUUUUUAUUCGCAAAAUGAAUUUUAUUUAGUGUUAGAUUUCCCCCAAAGUAACUGGUGAAUGCUAGGAAAUCUUCCUUGCUUGCCGGGAAUUGCGUUGUUUGCCGUUUUACCAUAGCAUUCUUUAUACAAUAGAAAAUAGGUCUUUGUUAAGACGACUGACAUCAGUAUGAUCUUUCCCCAAAUUAACGUGUUGACAUACAAGAGCAGACAGAACUCAGUGCACUUAACAAGGGCGUGUUUGGGAUGAUGGCUGUCUUUAAUUCAACUCCUUUCCCCUUCUCUGCUGUAUGGAGAGCAAUUAUAUCAUGCAUGAACAGUCAUUCUUUCAGAGCAUUUGUGAUAUAUAUUGCUGGUUGGCAAGUAUGGACAACUUUUGGCACAUAUUGGCAGGCAAUGCCAGGCUGCCUUAUUUACUGUAUGUGUCAUUUAUAUUAGAUGAACUCCCAGCUUUCCUUAAUAGUAUGUGUAUUUUUUGGUUUUUCACCCAUAUUUCAUUCAUUUAUUGUAAGGUGUGAAAAAUAAAAUGUAAAUAUAGAAAUCCUCACCUUCUUAUCCUUGCCAGGCUGUUCAUUACAAAUACCCAAGAACAGGUUAAAAUAUAACCUUUUAAUAGUAAUUGUAAAAUCAAAUAUUAAUACAUGUCAAAAAAUAAAAUGUAAUAAAUAUAGUGAGUAAUUAUCAAUGACCGGUUAUUUUUUGUUUAGCCAAUCACUAUUUGAGCUGUGGGUAUUAAUAUUUGAUUUUACAAUUACUAUUAUAUUUAUAUUUAUAAUCUGAUUAGGGCACUCUUCUUUUUUCUCUAGUCUUUUGGGUUAACCCCAAUACGAGUGUUUUCCCUAAGCUUCCAUUCCUCUGUUCUGUUCUCCCAAGAACAGGUUAUUUUAACAUUGUGCAUUCCUAUUUAUCACUGUAUACUCCCCUCUCCCCCCCCAUGGGUGGAGUAUAAUCAUUAAGAUACAAGGGAUAUUAGAAAAAUGGUCAAUCUGAAGGAGAAAAAAAAAAAGAUAUCUGUAAAAGAAUACUGAAAGAGACGUGACAGUGCCACUUUAAUAUAAUUUGUAUGAAUUGUCAGCGUCUGCACUGUUCCUAUGCUGAUUUGAAUGGAGUAUUUGUGGCUACAUUUUUGUCACCGUGACUCCAGCAGCCGGAGGGUAUCUUACUAUUUGCCAUCCAUCAGAUACUUUGUGCCAAUUGUAACUGACGUAGCCUUUGGCUAUAGCUUCAACCUUGGCAAGGCUGACAGAUUGCAACACCUCUGUUUAUUCGUUGCAAGGCGUUGUGACAUACCUGGUGCUGUGCAAGGAGCUUAAUCUUAUGCCUUAACAGAAAACACAUAAUUAGAGGCAUGUUAAACAUGUUCUAUUAACACCUUGCUACAGAUCAUUUUUAACUGAUGCUUUUUUUAUAUAUAUAAUUAUUAUUAUUGGCAGUCAUUUAAAAUGUAUGUUAAAAAUUAUUGUUCUGAUGUUGAGUCAUGGUUUUUGUUUAGUGAGGUUUUUCGGGAACCAAAACAUAAAAAAUAACCUGUAUAAAAGUGCAGCACGCCAUCUGAUAUUCUGGGAUAGAAGUAAAUGUGCUUUUAGUUUUAGGAUAUAGCUCCCUUCACUUCCAAAACACAAACAACCACCAGAAUCCAAUUUAGUGUUAUGGAAAUUAAUGUAUUCUUUAUUUGUAACGAAAAAAAAUAUUAUUAAUUUGUGUGUGUGUGUGUGUGUCUGUGUGUGUGUGUGUAUAUAUGUAUGUAUGUAUGUGUGUGUGUAUAUAUAUAUAUAUAUAUAUAUAUAUAUAUAUAUAUAUAUAUAUAUAUAUAUAUAUUAUAAAAUCUGUGCAGGUUUUUGUUUAACGUAUUAAUUAUACGUGUGUAUGUAUGUAUGUAUGUAUGUAUGUAUAAUUAAUACAAUGUUAAACAAAAAUCUGCACACCAGUCAAGCCAUAAGACUUGCUUUUCCCACAGAAAUCCCAAAUCUGCAGUGAUGUUACAACCGCAAAGGAUUCUGAGUGGGCAUAUGCAAAUUAGUUUAACAAGGAAUCACAUUUUUGCCUCAUUCCAUUUUAAACAUGGAUUCCUUUUAUUAUAUUGAAUGUUAAAGGAACACUAUAUCAACUAAAUUACUUUAGCUAAAUAAAGCAGUUUUAGUGUAUAGAUCAUUCCCCUGCAAUUUCACUGCUCAAUUCACUGUCAUUUAGGAGUUAAAUCACUUUGUUUCAGUUUAUGCAGCCCUAGCCACACCUCCCCUGGCUAUGAUUGACAGAGCCUGCAUGAAAAAAAAAACUGGUUUCACUUUCACACAGAUGUAAUUUACCUUAAAUAAUUGUAUCUCAAUCUCUAAAUUGAACUUGAAUCACAUACAGGAGGCUCUUGCAGGGUCUAGCAAGCUAUUAACAUAGCAGGGGAUAAGAAAAUCAGAACUUGCAAUAAAGAAAGCCUAAAUAGGGCUCUCUUUACAGGAAGUGUUUAUGGAAGGCUGUGCAAGUCACAUGCAGGGUGGUGUGACUAGGGUUCAUAAACAAAGGGAUUUAACUCCUAAAUGGCAGAGGAUUGAGCAGUGAGGCUGCAGAGGCAUGAUCUAUACACCAAAACUGCAUCAUUAAGCUAAAGUUGUUAAGGUGACUAUAGUGUCCCUUUAACAUUCUAUUUUCUUUAAUGGUGGAGUCAUCUGUGUGUAAAACUACUUCUCUCAGCAAGUUCCUAUUAAUUACAUUUACAAUAACAUUUGAAGGUGAUUGUAUUAUGUAAAAUGUCUUCCGUAGCCUUAAACUAUAGACCGGUUUUACAGCCAUUGCUAAUACUGGCUGUUUAAGCAACAAAAGUAUUGUACUAGACUAGAGGCAUUGUUCAUUGAUGUUUACUGUUAAAUUUACCUGGAAUGUUAACUUUUGUAAACAUUAUUUUACUAGUGGGGCUGUGCUACAAUGUUCAGAUAGACUGAGCCUAUGUUUGUAAUAAAUCAUUUGUUAUAAAGUUCACUUUCAGGUUAAGAGUUGUAUGUUGGAGGCACACGCCAAAACAUUAGUGGAGAUUAAAAAUUAGACCAGUGGUGUGUCAUUGAAGGAAUUCUGUCUUUUCCCGUUUUCAUUUUACAAAAAGUUUAGAUUUCAAUAGAAAUUGCCAUUUUAUAAAUUAACCUUGUUACAAACCCCCUGCCUGUCAAUAAGAUAACUGGUCCUGUUAUUUCCUGGUUUGUUUAGCCCAAUAGAGCUAAAGUCAAGAUGCAGCAGCUGCUCAGAGCAUUUGCCUUACAAAAACUUCACAUUGAGCUGCAUUGGGAAGUCUGUUAUUGGACAGCCACAGAAAGUCUGGACAGGGUUAGAAGGGGAGGGCUUGCAAAGGCUGGAGACAAGAUAUCUGCUAGAUUUUUUUUUUUUUUAUAUUUUUUUAAUAUAUAUAUAUAUAUUUUUUUUUAUAUCCCAAAUUAAAAAAAAAAAAAAAAUCAUAAUUAAAUCUAUGCAUCUAUUUGUUGGGGGUAUAUCAACAGUUAUCUGUUUUUGUUGGAAAUGGGCAGUGGAUUGUCCAGUUAAGGUUGAUCUAUGAUUACAUUUUUGUUUUUAAUUAUUAUUAUUUUUUUUAAUAUUAUUUCUCACCCCCACCCACAUGUAACACUGUUUUAUUGCAUCUUUGUGAUGUAAACAAAUUUCCCUCUAUCUUUUGAUACUGUAUAUUUAUAGCAUAGGAUUGUGUUUCCUGUCCAAAAGAGCUUGCAUUCUGUUUUGUUUAUAAAUCUAACUUUUUGGCAAGAGAGCUGAGAUAUGUCUGCUUGGUGGCUUGAUGCAUUCUGGGCUCUGGAAGGGUCGGUACUCUGAUUCUUAUAAGAACGUGUCCUCCGUUCUAUCUCUGAAGUUGCACAACCGCUUCUUUAUGCAAUGUCUGUAACCUUAAAGAGCAGACCAUGAACACGAUGCUUGCUGUACUGGAAUGUGUAUUUCUCAAUUAGAUGCUCAACACUUGUUUCAUGUGACUUUCUGCUCCUGCUCCCCCUGGUGGUGAUUUUCUCAUCCUGGUGGGGACGCAACAAAAGGUGUUUAGGUAUAUGAAUCUGUACUUUUUCAACAGGAGCACACACGUGGGCUGGAAUGAGGUUAUUUAGGUCACAAAAAUGAACCAACAAAACAAGAUGCAGUUGUGGAACAGCCAUAACUAUCUGUGACAGAAAUGGUUUGGAUCUUCCCUCCCUGCAUCGUAAUUGGGGUCUGCAGAAUUCCUCCAUCUAUUCAACUUUAGCUCCUAGGCAGUGAUAGUCAACCUUCGGCAAGCCAGAUGUUGUGGACUACAUCUCCCAUAAUGCUCUCACAGCCAUAAUGCUGACAAACCAUGUGGGAAAAUGUAGACUACAACACCUGGAAAGGUUACAUGCCAUGACCUAGGAAGGGUUCGACAAAUCCCAGGCGCCAUGGCGACUAAGAAUUUUACCCUGUCGCCCUUGGUUUGGUGGGCUAAUUCCCUGCCUCCUCCCGCAGGGGAAUUGCAAGCUGGAAGGGCAGCUUGCCUGUGUGUGUGUGUGUGUGUGUGUGUGUGUGUGUGUAUGUCUGUAUGUGUAUUUGUCUUUGUGUCUGUCUGUCUGUGUCCAUUUUAGUGUAUCAAAUUAUACUUUGUUACUGUGUGAGAGAGUGUGACUGUGUGUGUUUGUCAGGGUGUGUCUGCCUAUGAGUUUGUGCGUUUAGGUCACCAGCCCCCUCUGAUCGCAUGCUGGUCUCGCUGCAGCUACCCAGCCUCCAUAGCUUAGAUUAUCAAUUACCAAUCUGCAUCUCUAUGGGGAACUUUCAGCAUGGGGAACAUGCAGAGCAUGGAGACGCUGAAUGUAGGUGCUGCACAUUGUGCAGCGCUAAGAUAGGAGACCAUUUAGUGACCGUUUGCGUGACGGCCACUAGAGGAGUUACUAGGCAGCAAUGUAAACAUUGCCUUUUCUCUGGAAAGGCAGAGUUUACUAUGAAAUGGCUGCAGGGACAAUCUAUAGACACCCAGACCACAAUAUUAAGGUGUAGUAGUUCUGGCGCCUAUAGUGUCAUUUUAAGAAUUGUAUUUUUGUUGUUGGAAACAAAACUGGCUCCUAACUUUUUUUCUUUUUUUUUUUUUUCUUUAGCUGGCUCCUAGAUUAAAAGCAAAUUUGUCAAGCCCUAGAGUUUGCCCACUCCUGAUGGACUGCAUACAGUGAGCCCAGUAUCACUGUACGUGUAUGUGUGUGUGUGUUAUUGUGCACUAUAAGCUCGCAGUUGUAUAUUAUUGUCAUAGAAACUUCAGAUUACUAGCUGUGGGUAUACUUACUACAACCACGAAGCAGGCGUAUUAAUCUGCAAACCGUUUGCGUACAUACCCUGAGAGAGUGCCAAGGCACUCCUGACACCAUUACCACUACAGUGGGCUGUAGUGGUUAUGGUGCUUAAUGUGUUCUUUUGAGGUAGUUUAUGAAUGUUUUUUUAGGUAUAUUUCCAAUAUAGGGGCAGCCAGAAUCAAUAAUUAAAUUGUAAUGUUAUUUUCUUUAAGUUUUUUUUUUUUUUUUGUUUUGUUUUUUUAAAUCUGUUUCUUAUAUAAUUUUACUGUACUAAAACAGAUAUUAAAGACUUAUUUCUCCAAAUUUGUGGGAGACAAUACGUUUACAUAUUUUGUAUAGGUUUACAGGUGCAGAAUUUAGGCAAGCCAUAGGAAUAUUUCAUAUACAGUAAUCUAACCUUCCGACAAUAAACAGUCAGCGUUAUGGUUUAUGAACGUUGUGAUCUUUCAUAUUUUGUAACUUUUAUAGCCUCGCAUAAGCAAGACCUGACCCUGUUGUCUGCUAAGACUGCUCAUACAGGCUUACUAGGUUUAAUUUCAUGAUAGGUCUUGGCUGCUAUACACCCUUUAUAAAAUGUCCCUUGUAAAGAUUCCAUAAGCAAAUAUCCGUUUUGAAGAUUUAAAAGCUGGUGACAUCGCAGAUACAUAAUUAGUAGCUAUAGUGAUCUUAAUACAAAGAGUUUCACUUUCUUCUUUGCAGUGUCAGUUUCGUCUCGCGUAUACACGUGAUCUGCAAAUGACUAUUACAAGAAGGAUUAUAUAUUUAGCUCCUCCAUAGUUCUUUAUAGGGCAAAACUGUAAACUCGGCAGUGCAUAAACUGUAGCCAGAUUUCCCUGUUCACUUUUUUCAAUGCUUUAUCUUUAUAAAUUAUUGAAAAAAAUUUAAAAUAGGGUGAUUUUGUGUAUAGCCAUGCUGAAAACAUAGUAUUUUGAAGACUGUUUUACAAAGGUAGGGAGGAUGGCUAGAUUUAAAUGGUUUUUAUUUUUUAUUAUUUUUUUUUAUUAUUCAAUGAUCGUUGAUCAUUGAAUGACUACCGCAAACAGCCUUCUUAUGCUGAAAAGAAGUGCUAUGCUAAUUCUGGACAAUGCUGUUAUCCAGACAGAAGAUGACCGGAAAAAGAAAUAUAGGCUGAUAACUGUCAACACCAAGCUGUUUCUCAAGAUGGAACAUGGUACUGAGAAAACCUGAUUGACUAUCAAAGCACCUCGCAGUACAAGACACAGAUUGUUACCUACAACUCAGAAAAAGUGGUUAAUAGGAAGGAGCAGAAGAAGAGGAAUAUAGAUUUCCUACUGGAGUGAAAAACCAUCCUGGAACAAUAUUCUGCAACAAUUAACUUUACAAUGACAUUUGGUGGCAUGUGAAUUUGAAUUCGGAAGAAACGAAUCAGUUAACGAAAGAAACCUUGAUGCAAUUAAUAAAUAAUAACCAGACCGGCCUACUAAGAGCAGAUGCCCUGCCAAGAGAAUGGAAUAUAAAAGGCCAGCAAAAUCUUUCAGAAACUUGACAUCGUGGAACACUUGUACUAAAGCACGAUUUGCAGCUUUUCUUAAACUCUACAUAUUAUGUACAUACCUGCAAAGCAAGGAACUCCUGUAAACAUAAACACAGAGACACUGAUACAACAAGGAAUCUGUAAUGGUUCUGUUGCAGAUGUGAUCUACCAAUGUACUCCUUGCUCUUUUGGUAUAACUAUACCAAUCAAAACGUUAAAUGGCUCCAUAGAAUCAAACGACAAAGGAUUCUUGCUAUAUUCUGGACUUCCAGGAAUGUGGUGCAUGGACAGAAAAUUAUAAUUACUAAAGCAAUCAUGCUAUUUUUUUCCCUGUAUCAGAAAUGUGUCAGUGACAAUGUGUAAUAUAAUACAGAUACUAUAAUUAAUGGUAUAAAAUAAACACAUAAUGUGUUAAUUACAAAGGUGGAUAGACUUUGUGAAUAUCUGAAACGUAAUUGAGGAUUAUUGCUAAAAUGCCAUAUGCAGCUGCGGUCUGGCCUACAAACAAAUAUAUUAAACAUAUGUAUAAGAGCAUAGUGGCUGAUUACCCAGAUAAAUAAUUGAAUCAUGAUCGUUAAAGAUCAUAUGAUUACAAUAACUGCAAUAAUGAAUAAUGUUUAAACUUUAAAAGAAGAUGUGAAAUGUUUUUAUUAAAUCAGAAACUACUCGAUAUUUGUUUAAGUUUGCAGAGUUGUAUAAUUAAUAUAAGUGAAGUACUUCAACAGUUAAAAUUUAACUUAAAGACAGGCAGAAACUUUACUUCAACUAACAUAAAGUUUAUUUAUAAUGAUAAAAAUAUUGUCUGCCAGAGCUAAGGCCAGUCAAUGGAAAGUAAACGAGUAUUGUGGAUUAACCCGUCCAGGUGAUAUACAUGAUGAUGAUUUUGGAAAUUGAUCAUUUAGGUCACCUAUUGCAAACUGGUAAAAAGAUGUCAAAGAUAUAAAUUCAACAUCCAUACCACUCUAUGUAUAUAUAUUAAAAUACACGUAAUCAAAUAUUUUAUCGGUUUUUCAAAUACCAAGAAAAUGUUAUUUGGUUUUUGAUGGUUAAAGGUACAUAAAACCACCUAUACAAAGGUAGAGUUAAAAUAAAUACCUUCAAUAGUGUAUCUGAGUGCUUUCUUAACUCACUUUUAGAAAUAAUAAAACCUCCAAAUCAUCUUAAGCUACACCCAACAGCCGCUGAAAAAUAUACUUAAACAAUUAAGAUUCACAUUGUUAAGUAUCCAAUCUCGCGAACGUAAUGGGCAAAUGUAAAUAUUACAAGUUUUAGAAUGAAAUGUUGUAUUUCUUAAACUGUGUACUUUGUCUUUAAGAGAUAUUGCAAACUAACAAGGUGUUCGAAAUGGAACAUAUUGUUUUUCAUAACUGUUUCUUUAAGCAAUAACCUCAGUGCAUAAUAUGUUUGCGCCAUUUUGUCCCAGAUGAAUUACAAUAACAAUAAUGCAUAAAGAAGGUUCAAGGCUAUGCUACGACUCUUUCAGUACGUAAUAUACUGUGGUAACCCUAAGCAGAUAAGGAUGUCCAGACUUUAAGUUGCCAUCUUGAACCAAGUCAGGAAAAUUUCCAUGACGUAUGCACCCUUUAGUUAUGGCCUUGUGUGUUUGCCAAAUUAAGGGAGGUCCUAAAAUUAAUAAAGUAAAAAGUGUUACUUUUUCAUAUAUGAACUACGGUAACCCUAAAAUGGAUACACCUAAGGUAUAAAUAGGUGUACUUUUAAAUGUUAAGUAACAGAGGAGAGACUUGGAGACAGACAUUGCUCCAUCUUAAAAUGACAGAGAGGCUGACAUGAUGACUAGUGAUGUCCCGAACGGUUCGCCAUGGACUCAUCAUUGAGUAAACUUUGACCCUGUACCUCACAGUCAGCAGACACAUUCCAGCCAAUCAGCAGCAGACCCUCCCUCCCAGACCCUCCCACCUCCUGGACAGCUCACUAAGAAUGCAGCUUCACAAUGGAUGCUGUCCAGGAGGUGGGAGGGUAUGGGAGGGAGGGUCUGCUGCUGAUUGGCUGGAAUGUGUCUGCUGACUGUGUGGUACAGGGUCAAAGUUUACUCAAUGAUGAGUCCGUGGCGAACCGUUCGGGACAUCACUAAUGAUGACAUGUUCAGAAGGGUAUGUUAACCUAUUAAUGAUAUUUCCAAGCAUUUAGUUUUAUCUUAUAAAAUCCAUUAUAGCAGAGUUUCUAUGUCUAUAUUUUUAUAUAAUAAAUAUCUAAAAAGACAAAACUUUAUUGCUUCCAAGACAAUCCUUAUUUUAUAUUGUAUUCUCAAUUAUUUAUAUAUUUUAAAUAGAAGAUCUCUUACACGAACUAUAUAAAAUUAUGGCUAAGAUAUCUGUAUGGUUAGCCCUACUAAGUUCAAUGCUUUAAGACAUUAUAGUGGUAAAUAAGGGAACCAGCCGCGGUUACAAUAGUGUCUGUCUGUCUGUGGAGAGGAGGGGUUUCCGUAUCAGUGUGUGCCUGUCAGCAAGUGUCUGUUUAGGUUACCGUCCCCCUCCGAUCACACGGAUAUGUGUUUUUACUCCCCUUUUCUCCAACAACCUGCUAACAUGGCAGAGAUCAUCAAUCUUUAUCUCUGCUAGGCCAAUGCUUUCCCAUAGGAAAACAUUGGGAGCAUAUUGCGCGUGCACAGCAAAAUGCUGCACUGCCCCAGUCAUCUCAUCAUGGAGAUGCAGUGAAUCAAUGCAUCUCUGAUAAACAUUCAGUGCCUCCAUGCAGAGUGACUGUCGCUAGAGGUGUUACUAGGCAGCAAUGUAAACUCUGCCUUUUCUCUGCAAAGGCAGUGUUUACAUUAAAAACUACUACGUUAGGCUGAGGUGGUUCUGGUAACUGCAGUAUCCUUUUUAAGAAUUGUAUUUUUGUAGAUGAAAAUUAAACUUUAUUAGUUUAAAAAAAAAAAAAAAAAAAAUGGAAAUAAACUGGCUCCUAGAUUCCAAGCAAAUUUGCCAGGCCCUGCUUUAGUUAAUAACCUUAUUAAAGUUGUUCUUAAUCAUUAUAUAAUUUUGUUGUCAGGUAUUAUAAGUUUCUUUAAUGUUUUGGAUACUUCCUGUACCAUAUGUUUAAAAAAUAAAAAAAGCUGUAUUCAUAGUGCAUUGUAUGUUAUGAACACCCGCAAUCCUUUGUCAUGCAUUUUAAUUUGUUUGCUUUUCUCUCUGUAGGUUAUCACAUGCUUUUCGAUUUCCAUGCUCCUCCACCGCUAUGUUGGAUUUGCAGUGGUGGCCUUGUUGGUAGAAAUAAACUCAAUCUUCCUGCACCUGCGCCAGAUUCUGCUUAUGGCUAAUCUACUGAAAACCACGGUGUACCGACUAAACAGCCUGCUAAACCUUGGUACCUAUGUCAUCUUCAGGAUCAGUACACUGGCCUGGAUGACCAGGUGGUUAGUGUUGAACCGAGACAACAUUCCUCUUCUUAUUUAUACCAUUGGAAGUGUUGGCAUGGCAAUCAUGACUGCAAUGAAUAUUGUGCUGUUUUAUCGCCUUUUGCGUAGCGAUUUCCUCAAGUCUGCCCGAGAUCCACCAAAAGAGAAAGACAAGUAAAGGAAUCCACUCUCUUUCUCCCUACCAACAAAACAAGAGGAACUUUGUACAGAAGGCUUUGGGAAGUCUUUUGUGCCAAACGAUCUUGAAAGUUCACUGGUCUCCUGUUGGCUGUAAUUACCUGGGAUGCUAACAGAAGGACCGAAUUUUGAUGCACUCCCUUAUCAGAGUUUGUAAUUGUAACAUUAUAAUUUCACUCAUUUGCACUGCUGCUCAACCUGCACUUGAGAAGAGCAAUCUUUUUAAUUAAUUGGAAUUAUUCACGGAUCAAAUGUUGCAGCCUUAAUGCAAAAGAGACUCUACUUCCAGGAAAACGACAGUUUGAUGUGGACUGGACUACCCUUGCCUUCAUAGAUCAUCAUCAUUAACUCUUUAUUAUAAUUGUCAUCCAAAAUAUUUAUCCAGAGUUAAUGGGAGUACUUAACCUUUAAUAUUCAUUGCAUCUAAACACAUUUAUUUAUUGAAAAAUCAAUAACCGAGUCCCCAGUCGGCUAGAACCGCUUCUUCUGACAUUCAGUGUUCUGGGAUCUUAAACAAUUAAUAUUCUAAAAAAUGAUUACCAACUUAAGCUACCUGACGGCCCUUACUUGUACAUGCUUCAGAAGAGACUGGUGCAACUGUAAUCAAUAAUUUUUUCAUUCAAAUCCCUUUUUUCCUCGAAAGGUUGUCCAGGUGGUCUGCACAAAUUACUUGUGGCUACCAAAGCAUGUUGGUAACACCAACUCAGAUUUAUUAGGUUUUUUUUUUUGUUUUUUUUCCUCAAGUUAUGUUCAUAUCCUUUAAUAGUAGUGUAAGACCUACAAAUUGUUGCUAAAUGUUACUAGGUGUGCCUUUGGAUAUUCUAUUACGAUUUCCACCAUGUUCAGCCAUUAUCUGCUGGGAAUUGUGAAGGAAGAGCCAAAGAGCCCCAUACAAAGAAGUAUCUUUAAGUCAUUCUUGGGCAUUUAUCCCGUUAAGAUCCUAUACCUACAUUGAUAUGAAAUGUCCUAUUUUUCAUCAGAAGACCUGCUUAUGGUUAGUAUAUAUUUUUGCAUCAAUUCUUUACAGCUUGAUACAGCUAUUGCUGUACGUUCUCUAUAAACCUUUUGGCGUGCAUACAGUGAUUAUACCCAGAACCUCUUGUGUGUAAAUAGUGUUAUAAUAUUUUUAGAAAUGCUUUAUUACAAAUUCCUACAUUUUUAUCAAACAACAAUUCACAGACCAGUUGUGAAAAAUGGGUAUAUUAAAACAAUGAACAAAGUCAUAGAACUAAAUUCUAGUUAAAAACACCUAAACAAUGCACACGAUUUGUGGUCGAAACAAGAGUUUUACCUCUCUAAAACUCAGUGCUGCGAAAAACCUCAGAUCAAGUAAGCCCAGACAUUGUUGGCACAACCUUAACCCGAGGGCAUCACAGUAGUAUGGUGUAUAACCAUAUUUGACCAUUUAUUAUUGUGUGCAUUGUUUGAGUAUAUAUUAACAUACAACUUUAUUCAUUUGUAAUGUAAACACUUUUCACAAUGUGAUUUUUGAAUAAUCCUGAAUUAUAAUAAUAUAUAUAUACACGUAUAUUGGUUGUGCGGCAGAUCAUUACCAGAUGGAGCCUUUAGUAGUGGAUUGUGAUAAUAUAAUUGGUCCUUCACUGGUUAAGUGCAAAAUUACAGGCACACUCCCUUAGUUUUAUAUGAAGCAAGGUUAAUUGAUUUCCUCUCAUUUGCAUUUGGCAGAUCAGUGGCCCUUGAUGAAAGUAAGUUUUCCAAAAUGAAUGGUCUGCAUGACUUAAAGGGACACUAUAGUCACCAAAACAACUUUAGUUUAAGGAAGCAAUUUUGGUGUAUAGAUCAUGCCCUUGCAGUCUCACUGCUCAAUUCUCUGCCAUUUAGGAGUUAAAUCAAUUUGUUUUUACAGCCCUAGUCACACCACCCAAUGUGUGACUUACACAGCCUUCCUAGACACUUCCUGUAAAGAGUCAUCUAAUGUUUUCACUUCCUUUUUUGCAAAUUCUGUUUCAUUUAUAAUGUCUUAUCUUCUGCUCUGUUAAUAACUUGCUAGACCCUGCAGGAGCCUCCUGUAUGGAAUUAAAGUUCAAUUUACAGAGCAGGAGAUAAAAACUUUCAAAGUAAGUUACAUCUGAUUGAAAAGGAAACCAUUUUGUUUUCAUGCAGGUUGUGUCAGUCACAGUCAUGGAAGGUGUGGCUAGGGCUGCAGAAACAAAAGUGAUUUAACUCCUUAAUGGCAGAGAAUUGAGCAGUGAAACAUCAGAGCCAUGAUAUGUACACUAAAGCUGCUUCAUUAAAGGACCACUAUAGUGCCCUGAGGGUGCCCCCACCCUCAGGGACCCCCUCCUGCCGGGCUCUGGGGAGAGGAACAGGUUAAAAUCUUACCUUUCUCCAGCGCCGGGCGGGGAGCACUCCGCCUCCUCUCCUCCUCUUCGGCUGAAUGCGCAUGCACGGCAGGAGCUGCGCGCGCAUUCAGCCAGUCUCAUAGGAAAGCAUUCAUAAUGCUUUCCUAUGGACGCUUGCGUCUUCUCACUGUGAUUUUCACAGUGAGAAGCACGCAAACACCUCUAGCGGCUGUCAAUGAGACAGCCACUAGUGGCUUUAGAGGCUUGAUUAACCAAUUUAUAAACAUAGCAGUUUCUCUGAAACUGCUUUGUUUAUAAAAAAAAAAAUGGGUUAACCCUAGCUGGACCUGGCACCCAGACCACUUCAUUAAGCUGAAGUACUCUGGGUGCCUAGAGUGGUCCUUUAAGCUAAACUUGUUUUGGUGACUAUAGUGUUCCUUUAAGUCUAUCCCAGAACUCUAUGUUUACAUUAAUACAUAUUUGUAUAGUACAAAGCUAAUUUAUUACACACUCAAUACUAUAGUACUGAAAGGAUAUUAAUGCUCAGAAUCAAAAUAAUCUGCAUGAGGCACAGGUUGCAUGGCUUUUAAAGCUACAGGUUUGCUUCUCUGUGGAAUGUUAUUUGUUUUAGCAGGAAGAAUCCAUUUUGUGAUUUCUAAUUUUGAAGAACAAUUUGCUAAAAUAGAGCUAGAAGGUCAAUUAUUUAAAAGAAACUUACAAAAAGCAAUCAACACAAUUAUUAUAGUUACUUUAUGAUUGUUGAAACAAGGACAACGUUUAUGUUGAGACUUUAAAACUAGUGGAGGGUUUUUUCGUUUUUAUUUUAUUUUUUUAUUUUUUUCUGGAAGUGUAGUUUUACAGCCCAGAAGCUCUGCAUUAAAAGGCAAUUCAAUGGGAAUCACUGUGCAAGACACACUGCUACAUCUAGAGUAGUAAUUAUCAAAGCAGCCCUCAAGGCUCAGUCAUACUCCAGGUUCUAUACACGUUUCACGUUUACAGUUGGGCAAAGCAAAAAUCUUUUAAGCUCCCUUAGUCUCCAAGACCGACUUGACAACCACUGAUCUAGAAAGGGCUCCCUGGUUUUCUAAUCCAGAAUUUCCAUUUGGAAUUCAUCUAUUCUACCUCUUUUACUAUGGUGCUAUGGAUUGUGCAAUCCAGAGGGAUCCUUUGCGCACUACAGAUCUGCUUUAAAACCUGUUUAGCUGUGUUUGCCAUGUGUUUUGAUUUUAAGACUUCUUGGGUAAAUGUUUUUUUAUUUAUUUAUGUUCCACUGACUUGGCUACCUCAAGUAUUAAAACCAACAGCCACAGUUUCCCUGGCAUCCAUUUCUCUUCGUGCUAAGGAUACAUACAUUACUUCUUUAGCAGAAUGACAAAACGGUAACCACAUCCAAGUUUGAAACUUUUUAUUCUAUGCAUCUGAACUGGAAUAACUUCUCUGGAACUUUUUAAUCAACUUCUCAAUGCCUCACUGUCAAGGUCUACAAAAUAACCUGAAACAGGUGAACUCAUAGCAUUAAAUGUACUUUCAUAUAUCUGAAUUGUUACAACAUUCUCAGGUUCCGUAGGGAUAUCCUGCCACAGCCUAUCUAUGCUUGGACCACUUUAGCCUGUGAUAUGUUUGUUUUUAUUCUACAAUACACAGUAGAACAAGAGUCUCAAAGUACUGGCAUCCAAAAUAAUUUCAUGCAGCCUUCACUCACUUCAGUCCUGUAAAAGAGUUCUGUGCAUAUCCUUUAUGCCCCAUAUUGCUGCUGGUCUGGUAUGAAUCAGAUGUUUGAUAAUGCCUUUAUUCAGUUUGCCUUCAUUGUGUACUUCAGCAAUCCUCAUUACGAUCAUUCUGGUAUUCUGCAGUAUCAGUAUAUUUAAUAGUAUGAGUUAUAUUAUUAAAUAUAUUGUACUAUAAAAUGGUAAUGUAUCGCAGGUUGCCACGUUCAAUUUCCAACUUGGUUCAUUCAGCCUUUUUAUCCUUUCAAGAUCAAUAAAAUCAGUUACCUAGAUCAAGCGAUGCACUUGAAAACUACUGAAAAUCUAAAUGUAUCUUUCUUGUUUAAAUACUUUGAUACUAUAUCAAUCUAUUAGAAAGGGCAGAUCCGUUGAAAGCACUUAUAUGUAUGCAUUUCAUUCCCCUAGUGGUAAGUGAAUUCUAUAGGGCAGGGUUUUUUUUCUGCAUUCUCGAUUACAUUCGUGUUGUGUCCAUAAAGAAAACCUGAAAAAACCUUAUGUAGCCUUAAACAAUAAUAUUAAGUGAAAAUAUGCCUGUAUACAAGCACUAGCGGCUGUUAGGCAAUUGGAGCUGAGUCCCAAACCUUUCGUUUCAUCCACUAAUAAAUCUUUUAAAAGAUGGACUUUCUGAUUUUUGUCUCCCCUGAUUUCUCUAUAUUUACUACUCGACACUGUGUUUUUUUUUUUUUUUCUAAAGCUUCGAUUUCCUAUUGUUUUUUGGACAAGCUUUUAAAAUGAUAUCAUUUGAAAAGCUUAUCCAGAAAUAUUAAGUCAAGACUUGGGUGUAUUUUGUGGAGAUGGGGAGAGAGUGUGAGUGAGUUUUUUUUAAAAACAUUUUAGUGACGUUUACGAGGCAACUUUUUUUUUUUUUUUGGAACUGAGAAGCUUAAAAAGACAAUAGUCACCCGGAUCACUACAGCUUAAUGUAGUGGUUCUGGUAUCUAUAGCCUGUCCCUAUUUUUCUGAGAAAAAGCAGAGUUUACAUUUCUGCCUAGGAACACCUCGAGUGUGCAGCACUGGCAUUCAGAGUGUCCACACUCCGCAUGGAGGCGCUGAACAUUCCUCAUAGAGAUGCAUUGAUUCAAGCAUUUGGUAUAGCCUCCCAAUGCUUUCAUAUAGAUUUGAUGACAGCCAUGGUAUGGGGGGACAAAUGCUGCGAAACUGGUGGAGCAAAAAAAAAAGUAAAUUCAUCUUUCCCAUGCGAUCGGAGAGGGGCCAGUCACCUAAAUAAAUAUGUACAUUUUGAAUUCCUGACACUAUAGUGUUCCUUAAGUAAGAUCUUUGUAGCACAUGAGAGAGCAUAUCCAAUGCUUAGUGUGCCAUUGUUAUUCUAGUCUUGAUUAAUUCCUUGCUCUCCCUUCCAAUAUUCUGUGAUUUCUGCUGAGCUAGCAUUCAUGGUUAAGAUGUUUUGUAAAGUAGCUUUAGAGUUCAAGUGGAGGUUAUCUGAGGAUCAGUGGUCAUUGCGAACGGUUUAAAUUGUGGGAUAGGAAAAGAAUUUAGAUAUUCCUGUCAUGUAAUGUAUAUUCAGUAUAUAUAUAAAAAAAAACCACUAUAAUCAUGAUGCAAAAAAAGUAUUUUAUUAAUACACAAUGUAGCAGAAAGGAGCACAAAUACAGUUUGUAGUAUGAAUGUAGGAAUAUCACUACAUAUGAUGACAAAAGCUAGACCUAUAAAAGCAAAACAAACCAUAAAUGUUUCCUUAAGCACACUGACCAGAGAGUGUAGACCACAGCCCCAACGUUUCGACCUGAUGUCUUUCUCAAGGGUAUCUCAAUUUCAAAUAAGUCAAUCCUAUUUAUACCCAUUAAACAGGUGCUACCAAUUAAUUGGACCUCUGGGUAAUACGUCCUAGAUCAGCAUGUGAUGUCACUGUGCAUCUUGAACCCACACAGUAGAGUUAUUUUUACAUUAACUUCUCUAAAUAGCUGGACUCGAAGAAUUUUUCCACUUUUGGGUGACUGCAGUUGGGACAGAGUCUUAUUUUAGAACCAUAACUAAAGCACACAAACUUAAUGAAGUAACACUUUAGAGGUACACUCCAAGCACCGUAAUCAUUGGCUCCAUCCCAGUGUAAGCUAAAUAGUUUGACAAUUUACCUGGGGUCACCGGACGCAGCCGCCUUGGGGGUCAAAUGUACAUUAAGCUAAUGCCUUUAAAAGGCUUAAAACAUCAGCUGAGGGCUCUCAGCCAAUGAGCUAACCACUGCAUUGUCGAGCUAGGUCAGUGAGCUUGUGGGCUGCGGAGGAGGAGGUAACCGGCGUACUCGGGUAAGUUGUCAAACUGUCCUUAAACACUAAUUCAGGCGGUUUGUCAUUUUGGAUGAAGCCAUCUUUUUCAUUCACUUUCAGUACACCACACAUGAGGAAAUAAAAAAUAAAAAAAAAAUUUUACCUGAUUUCUGCACUGAAUUAAUUUAGUAAACCAUAUAUGUAACAUGUUUAACAUCCAUUACCAAUCAGCAGCUUUCUGUCUUGCUGUUGUUGAGUUACAUGUAUCAUGACUUUUAGACAGUAUUUGGUAGGGUGGAAGGUGGUUGAGGCUGGGUAAAGGGCUACCUGUUUACUUCCCAGGCAUAUUACAUUUUAGUAUAGUUUAUGCAAGACGUGGUUUCCCAGAACAUGGAUAUGAAGGCUUUCUGAAGCUCCAAACCUACACAUGCCAUUAGACCUGAUUUUAAGUUUUAAGUGUUUAGCAUUUCCAUGUACUGUGCUUCUACAAGAUAACCUGUAGUACAGGUCAUACAUAUCCUGUAGAAACAAAAUCAAUAAAUGAAUUUAAGGAGGGAUGGCAAAGAUACUUGAUUCAAUAUUUUUGUUUUUUUCUUUUUAUGACCUACUACAGAAUAGAACUUUUCAUGUACUGCUCAUCAGAUCAGAGACGUUCAUUGUGACUGGCAGCUUUCUCUUGGGUAUGCAACAAAUCAGUGUCUCUGUCUGGCUCUGCACAUCUUAGUACAAUGUGGUGGUCACAUACUCUGACUAGGUGAAUGACUAUGUAUAUGCACUAAACAAAGACUUGUACGGCAAAGAAAACCAAAUUGUGAAAUCUAGGCUAAAAUAGCCGUGCUGUGACUUUAGUAGUGUUGGUAAACUUGUCCAAAUCAUUACUUUUUGCCUAAAUUUUGAAACUAUGCCUUCAAUUUACACUGGCUGUCUGACCGCCACUAUUUGGUGUGAAUUAGGCAAAAUGCUCAGUUUUUUUUAAUUUGCAAGGCUGCAAGAGCAGCAUCCAUGCCCCCAAAUUACUUUUUUACUAUUAAAAUGAAGUGAUUUUGGUGCCACAGUUUCCUUUUAACUCUGUUAAUUUAAAUUUAUUUGCAGGCAGCUACCUUAACCCUUUCUUGCAAUUAAUUGCUCACAUCUCUGACACUCCAUUGAAUUUGCUGAAAUCUCAUAAAUGUAAAUGAAACGCAUUGUUCUGAUUGUAGAUUUUGAAUGAAUAUUGUUUUUCCUAUAAUUGUUUAAUCACUGUGGCAAUUUGGUUUUGUUUUUUCAAAUAAUGUUUAAAGUGCUUGUUUUAUUUUUAAUAUAAUUGUAUAAUUGCAAUGUUUUUAAUAUAUUAAAUUUCUGAACGGGA